GUUGCUACAAGCCUCAGGAAAAAUCAGAUUACUUGAUGUUGGCAGCUGCUUUAACCCAUUUCUGAAGUUUGAAGAAUUUCUAACUGUUGGCAUAGACAUUGUACCUGCUGUAGAGAGUGUCUAUAAAUGUGAUUUCCUGAACUUACAGCUUCAGCAACCACUCCAGCUUGCACAGGAUGCUAUAGAUGCUUUUUUGAAGCAGCUGAAAAACCCUAUUGAUUCUCUUCCUGGAGAACUUUUCCAUGUGGUUGUUUUCUCUCUCCUCCUUUCUUAUUUUCCAUCUCCUUACCAGCGAUGGAUUUGCUGCAAGAAAGCCCAUGAACUGUUAGUGUUAAAUGGUUUAUUACUUAUCAUCACACCUGAUUCCUCCCAUCAGAACCGUCAUGCUAUGAUGAUGAAAAGCUGGAAGAUUGCUAUAGAGUCUCUGGGCUUUAAACGCUUCAAGUACUCAAAAUUUUCACAUAUGCAUCUGAUGGCAUUUAGGAAAAUCUCUCUAAAAACCACAAGUGACUUGGUUAGUAGGAACUACCCAGGAAUGUUAUAUAUUCCUCAAGAUUUCAACAGUAUAGAAGAUGAGGAAUAUUCUAAUCCUUCCUGCUAUGUUCGAUCAGAUAUAGAAGAUGAACAACUAGCAUAUGGUUUCACAGAACUCCCUGAUGCUCCAUAUGACUCAGAUUCUGGAGAAAGUCAAGCCAGCUCUAUUCCUUUCUAUGAGCUAGAGGACCCCAUAUUACUUUUAAGUUAAUAUAGAAGCAAAAGGCCCUUUCAGUCCAGGCUCCUAAACUAAUUGCUUACACCAAUUGGAAAUACUAACAUGAACUCAGUACUGAAAACCUGGUUUGCAUAAAAGAAAUGCAGAGGUUUACAGAGUUUGCUAUUUUUUUCUACUUCUCAAUUUUAAAAUUUAUUCUUAUAUAGAAAGCUUAAAGUUUCAUGCAGAGUGACUCAUGUCAUAGCAGAAACUUCUGUUACUUUAGCAUUUAGCACUAUCAUAGAAAGGUACCUUUUUCUCUUUAGUGCUAUUGUGAAAACAAGCAUAAUUUGCUAUAUGUUUUCCUUUUCAACUUUUCAGUGUUGACUAUAAACCAUUGAAUGGGAAACUUUAAGAUGUAGAAAGCUGUAGAUUGCACUUUGAUGACUCACAAGUUAAAUGUGAUACAGAAAAAUAGAUCGGUUAGUUGUUUUGUGAUGCACUUAUCUUUUUCUUUUUUCUAACUAAAAUUGUGAUGUUACAGAAAGUCAUUUUAUGUUCCUUUAUAUUUCCUGAACUUUUUGUAAUUGGUGAUAAUUCUUUUUCUUUCUUCCUUCUAUUAAAAGCUCAUUUGACAGCAUCAGACAUUGGGGGAGAGAUUUCCCCCAAAGUAUGUAUUCUAAUUUCAUUAGCCCUAUCCAUUAAACACCAUUGCCAAAGUAGUAUUUUCAUAACUUUGUUGAUUUGGGCCUUGGUGUGAAGUAUAUUUACCUGAGAGUUCACUUUUACUUUUCUUAAACUUAGGUUUCAUUUACAAAAUGUUUUAUUUAAGCAAGGAACAAUGUAAUACUCAAUAAUGACCUAAAACACCUUUUUGAAAGGGUUUGCACUUGGAAGAGUUUAUGUUCUGUUGAAACCAACUUUGAUAGGGUCCUCACCUUUCUGUGAAGGAGGUGCCGCACUACAAGUUUCAAAUUAUAUGGAAAAACUUAAAAUUAAUCCUCUGUUGGUGAUCUCAUAAAAUGGUUUUGACCUUUUGGUAUCUUAAUUUCUAUCUAAACUCUAUCAGAAAAUUUUCUUUGAAUAUAUCAAUUAGUUGGCUGUGGGAAUUUUCCCUUUCCACAUUAAUAAAUGCCUUUCUGUGUUUCUGAAUCAGAAGCAAAUGAUUAGGGAAAAAUAUAUGUCCAAACAAGACAAGAUUAGUUUAAACAGUUAAGAACAUUUAGUCCACAUUGUCUUGUCAGCCAGCAAUUGUCACGGAAACUAUCAUUUUUAAGAGUGCCACUGUGUGGAUUUUUUUUUUUCAAGUGGUUAUUACAUUAAAAUUACCUCAUACUGAGGUUUUUGCACUGAAAUAUCACAGUUUCAGAUUUCAUGGUUAAUGUUGUGCGUAUGUUUGUAUGUUUUUAAAGGAAACUUGCAUUUUCAAUAGUUGAUCCUAAAUUUCAUAAACUGCACUUCUUUACUCUGGUAAAGCUGAUGUUUUUGUGCUUAUUGUGAAUUGCCGUAGUACCUUUGAAUGUCAAACUUUAUUUAGAAAUAUAAAACUUACCCUUUAUGAUAUAAAUGGUUGAGUGUAUGUACCCAGUAUUUCAAAUUAAAUUUCACAUUGCUAAAUUAAUGAAAGUAACAAGAUUGUGAUUUUUUAAAGUCAGUUGAUUAAAUGCAAUAAAUAUUGGUUGCUCAAAUAUGCCACAAGUAACUCAAAAUUUUUCAUUUACUUUCAAUAGCAUAAGAUUGCUUAAUAUUUAGGAUUGACUGUUGUUUCCAGUUAAGCACUACAGGAUUAUGCCUUGUAGCUUCCCCAAGAGAAGGGGGAAAAAAAGCACUGUGUUGAUAAUACAGAACUAUUUUGAACAAUUUUGGUAGUAACUUUUACCAUACUGUUUGCUUUUUGACUUGGGUAAAUAUCUUAAGAGAAAAGAAAACAAUACACCAAAUGAAAAUGCUUUGAAAGUAAAUGAAAACAGCACUUUUGAAAGGCUGGUGUAGUAUGACCCUGGAGUCAGCCUUUGUGUUAUAGCUAAAAUGUUGGUGCUAUAAAUUCUGAUUGUUUACAGAUGUUGAUUCUGCUUAUGCUCCAAAGUGUGCAUGAUGUAUUUUACGUAGUACUCUGAGGAAGUCUCUUUAUAAAACCUACUACCACUUAGUAUAAAUUUGUUUGAAUUUAUAUCAUUUGUUACUGUAAAUUCAGCUUAUUCAAAUUAGGUUGGCACAGAUUUAAACUGAUAUACAUUCCACCAAAGCCAAUUCAGUGUAUAAGUAUUGAAGUAUAAGCAGUCAUUGCAGCUUGAUGCCAGAUCAUGUAUGUAAUAACAAGUGGAAGUUAAUAGGGCCUUCUAAUACUGUAUGGGUACUCCUAAGAAUUAUUUCAUUUUGGAUAUAAAGAAGUUAUAAGGCCUCCUGUCACAUUCACAGCAGGUUCUCCAAAAUAAUUUGGUUGUUUCAAAAACAAAUGGUAAUCAUUUGGUUGGAUUCUUCAGGAUCACGACUAGAUCAUAUGGUUUUACCAUAGUUGCCAAGUGGUGGGAGGUAGCAUACCUGAAAAUGUACGUGUGUGUUUGUUGUAUUUUUUCACAUUUUGUGAACAAAGCACAUUUAUUAAAAAUUUUAAAUUUUCUAGUA